AUGCGGUGGUUCCAACGCCUCGACGGUGGAGAAUUCGUCGCAGAAGCGAUGGAUAAAUAUGGCCGGGUGAACAAACUGAUGGAAGCAAAUUAUUACAGUGCAGUUUAUGCAACCAAGGCAGCUAUUGGCUCUAUGGUGCAACAGCAAGGUGGUAGAGUUGUGUUUUUGUCAUCUCAGGCAGGACAGAUAGGACUGUUUGGAUUCUCUGCAUAUUCAGCCUCUAAAUUUGCUCUGAGGGGAAUGGCUGAAGCUUUACAGAUGGAAAUGACACCUCACAAUGUGAGAGUAACAGUAGCAUUUCCUCCAGAUACAGAUACUCCUGGUUUUCAGCAAGAAUUGCAGGGGAAGCCAAAAGAGACAAUAUUGAUAUCUGAGACUGCUGGAUUGCUGAAACCACAACAUGUUGCACAAACAAUACUCAAAGAUUCACUGAAAGGUGAAUUCAUUAGUUACCAGGGUUUAGAUGGCUGGAUGUUGGCAAAUAUCAGUGUUGGUAUGUCACCUGCAACAUCCUUGUACACAGUCAUGGAACAGUUUCUGUUGAUGGGACUUCUGCGUGUUAUAGGCCUGUUCUAUCUAGCAAGUUUUGACAGCAUAGUGCUCAAAUGUAAGAAAGAAAGAGAGGAAGACAAACAGAAGAAAUCCUAGUGUACACACUCAGUCUCUAUUGAAUGUUUUAACUCACACUGGUGUUUUUAUCUCAAUGACCGAAAUUUAGCUCUGAUGUAUCCAUGCUCCAUGAUUUAACUUACACAUUGGAGUUUUAAGACUUUUGUGAACGCUCAAAGUCUGUCAUGUGUCCUUCAACAUUUUCUAAAAAAGUCUUCUUCUUGAAAACCACUGGGCAGAAUUGCACCAAACUUUACAGGAAUGAUCCUUGGGUGGCCCCCUUUCAAAAUUGUUCAAAGAACUGAAUUCCAUGCGGAACUCUGGUUGCCAUGGCAAACGAAAGGAAAAACUUCAAAAAUCUUCUUGUCCAAAACCACAGUUCAUAGGGCUUUUAUAUUUGGUAUGUAGCAUUAUCUAGUGGUCCUCUACCAAGAUUGUUCAAAUUAUUUCCCUAGGGUCAAAUAUGGCCCCGCCCUGGGGGGGUCACAUGCUUUACAUAGACAUAUAGGGAAAACUUUAAAAAUCUUCUUGUCCAAAACCACAGGUCCUAGGGCUUUGGUAUUUGGUGUGUAGCAUCAUCUAGUGGUUCUCUACCAAGAUUGUUCAAAUUAUCCCCAAUUAUCCCCCUAGUGUCAAAUAUGGUCCUGCCCUAGGGGUCACAUGGUUUACAUAGACUUAUAUAGGGAAAAACUUUGAAAAUCUUCCUGUCAAAAACCACAGGGCCUAGGGCUUUGAUAUUUAGUAUGUAACAUCAUCUAAUGCUCCUCUACCAAGGUUGUUCAAAUUAUGCCCCUGGGUGUCCCAAGUUUUUACACAGACUUGUAUAGGAAAAAACAGGGCUCACACUGGCCUCCGAAAAAUAAUAGCCAACUUUUGAACCUAUAAAAAAAAAAUAGCCAAAACUGACGUGCAGUUUUGCCUGAAAUGUUUAUAAUUAAAAAGAAAAUAUAUUAACUUGUAUGUUUUCUUGAUUGGCUUUGAAAAGUUGUAAGCCCCAACAGGGGUGUGGGAAUUGGGGAUUCAGGGAAAUUACCUCAUAAUAUUGGGGGUGGGCUCCCCUAUUAAUGUUUUCUAAGAUAAGACCUUAAAAUGCUACAUUCUUAUGGAUUCUGAAGGCAUUUACUGGACACAUAUUUAGCUCGUGUAAGGCUGCUGAAAUGAUUGAUACUGCCUGACAUUGUUUAAUGGGCACUGGCUCAAGCGCCAUUCAUGCACACACAGUAUGGGCACAGUUGCACACAAGGGAAAAUUUUGAGUAUCAAUCAUGUUUAUACAUUUUCUUUUUAUAUAUCAAAGAUGUUUUCAUGAUUUUUUGACCACAACUGCACUUAUAUUGCCAAAAAAAUACUAAACAAUCGGGUCGCGAAAAUACAUGAUAUUUGGCACACUAUUGAAUUACAGCUUUUUGUCAACAAGGUUUUGGUGCUUUUUUCAAUAAAUACUAACUUUUCAUGUGUUUUAGAACGUUUUUACUUACGCUAUUGACAGUAUGCAGGCAGAUCUGUUUGUUGGUUUUUAGCUCACCUGAGCACAAAGUGCUCAGGGUGAGCUAUUGUGAUCGCUCACUGUCUGGCGUCCGUCCGUCUGUCCACACUUUCCUUUAAACAACAUCUCCUCCUAAACCGCUAAGCAAAUUUCAUCCAAACUUCACAGGAAUGUUCCUUGGGUGAAGCUCUACAAAAUUUGUUCAAAGAAUUGAAUUCCAUACAGAACUCUAGUUGCCAUGGCAACCGAAAGGAAAAACUUUAAACAUCUUCUUCUCAAAAACCAGAAGCCCUAGAGCUUAGAUAUUUGGUGUGAAGCAUUGCCUAAUGGACCUCUACCAAGUUUGUUCAAAUCAUGACCCCGGGGUCAAAAUUGACCCCGCCCCAGGGGUCACUUGAUUUUACAUAGGAAAAUCUUAAAAAAUCUUCUUCUCAAAAACCAGAAGGCCUAGGUCUUAGAUAUUUGACAUGUAGCAUUGCCUAGAAGACUUCUACAAAAUUUGUUCAAAUCAUGACCCCUGGGGUCAAAUUGACCCCGCCCCAUUGGGUUACUUGAUUGUAUAUAGAAAAAUCUUUGAAAUUUUCUAAUAAUAAACCAGAAAGCCUAGAGCUUAGAUAUUUGACAUGUAGCAUUGCCUAGUGGACCUCUACAAAAUUUGUUCAAAUCUUGACCCCCUGGGUCAAAAUUGACCCCACCCCAGGGGUCACUUGAUUUUAUAUAGGAAAAUCUUCAAAAAAUUUCUAAAAAUAAACCAGAAGGCCUAGAGCUUAUGUAUUUGACAUGUAGCAUUGCCUAGCGGACCUCUACAAAAUAUGUUCAAAUCUUGACCCCACAGGGUCAAAUUUACCCAGCCCCAGGGGUUACUUGAUUGUACAUAGGGAAAUCUUCAUAAAUUUGCUAAAAAUAAACCAGAAGGCUUAGAUCUUAGAUAUUUGAUAUGUAACAUUGCCUAGUAGACUUCUACAAACUUUAUUCAAAUCAUGACCCCCGGGGUAAAAUUGACCCCGCCCCAGGGGUUACUUGAUUGAUCAUCGGAAAAUUUUCAAAAAAAAUUCUAAAAAUCAUCAGUUUGACAUUUGAAACAUGUGGCUCAUAUUACUCAGGUGAGCGAUCCAGGGUCAUCAUGACCCUCUUGUUUAAGCUUGCCCGUAUCGGCCAUGUUACUAAAAAUAGAAACAAGACUGGGUUUCCCGAAUAUUUCAACAUGUACAUUCGCGUUCUUUUCAAAUUCUGGAAAAUUGAAAAACUUUGAGAUUUUCUCACUUCAAAUAAAAAAUUGCCAGUACAAAUUGGUUUAAGUGUCGUCUCCUGACUAUUAUUUAUGCAGAUAUUAAAUAAAAUAAUCGCCAGUUCAUGUCGCCGAAAUGAAAAAAUAUUCGCCAUUUAAAUAAAAUAAUUGCAAAUGGCGAUAAUGGCGACCACAAGACCUAGGCCUUUGAUAUUUGGUAUGUAGCAUUGCCUGGUGGUCCUCUACCAAGAUUGUUAAAAUUAUUACCCUGGGGUAAAAGGAGGCCCCGCCCCGGGGGUCCCAACUUUUUUCAUAGACUUGCCCUACUGACCUACUUUUUUGUUUUUAGCUCACCUGAGCACGAAGUGCUCAAAGGUGAGCUUUAGUGAUCACCCUGUGUCCGGCGUCCGUCGUCGUCCGUCGUCCGUCCGUCCGUCCGUCGUCAACAAUUUGACUGUUAACACUCUAGAGGUCACAUUUUUGGCCCAAUCUUAAUGAAACUUGGUCAGAAUGUUACCCUCCAUAAAAUCUUGGACGAGUUCGAUAUUGGGUCAUCUGGGUUCAAAAACUAGGUCACCAGGUCAAAUCAAAGGAAAAGCUUGUUAACACUCUAGAGGUCACAAUUUUGACCCAAUCUUAAUGAAACUUGGCCAGAAUGUUACCCUCCAUAAAGUCUUGGACGAGUUCGAUAUUCGGUCAUCUGGGGUCAAAAACUAGGUCACCAGGUCAAAUCAAAGGAAAAGCUUGUUAACACUCUAGAGGUCACAUUUUUGGCCCAUUCUUAAUGAAACUUGGUCAGAAUGUUACCCUCCAUAAAAUCUUGGAUGAGUUCGAUACUGGGUCAUCUGGGGUCAAAAACUAGGUCACCAGGUCAAAUCAAAGGAAAAGCUUGUUAACACUGUAGAGGCCGCAUUUAUGACUAUAUCUUCAUGAAACUUGGUCAGAAUGUUAAUAUUGAUGAUCUUAAGGUCCAGUUUGAAUCUGGGUCAUGUAGGAUUAAAAACUAGGUCACCUGGUCAAAUCAAAGGAAAAGCUAGUUAACACUGUAGAGGCCACAUUUAUGACCAUAUCUUAAAGAAACUUGGUCAGAAUGUUUAUCUUGAUGCUCUUUAGGUCAAAUUUAAACCUGGGUCAGCUUCGGUCAAAAACUAGGUCACUAGGUUAAAUCAAAGGAAAAGCUUGUUAACACUGUAGAGGCCACAUUUAUGACUAUAUCUUCAUGAAACUUAGUCAGAAUAUUAAACUUGAUGAUCUUUAGGUCAGGUUUGAAUCUGGGUCAUGUUGAGUUAAGAAUUAGGUCAUGGGGGCAAAUCAAAGGAAAAGCUUGUUAACACUCUAGAGGCCACAUUUAUGACUGUAACUUCAUGAAACUUAGAAUGUUAAACUUGAUGAUCUUUAGGUCAAGUUCAAAUCUGGGUCAUGUUGGGUCAAAAACUAGGUCACGGGGUCAAAUCAAAAGAAAAGCUAGUUAACACUGUAGAGGCCACAUUUAUGAACAUAUCUUGAUGAAACUUGGUCAGAAUGUUAAUCUUGAUGAUCUUUAGGUCAAUAGGUCAGGUGAGCGAUACAGGGCCUUCAUGGCCCUCUUGUUUAAGGUACAGCCUUGAAAUUGAAAUUUGGAUGACAAAUACAGUUUUGCACACCGAUCUUGAAACUGACUUUCAGUGACCAUGAAUGUGACCUGCUGACCUACUUUCUUAAUAUUUUAGCAUCAGUUUGACAUUUGAAACAUGUAGCUCAUAUUACACAGGUGAGCGAUCCAGGGUCAACAUGACUUUCCAGUUUUUGUCAGCAACAACUUGAAUUUAGCGAAACUUAUAAUUAUAGGAUAUGUUUCACUAUCUAGAAGAGAUGUGCAUAUUGUAUUUCUGUUCCAGUAUUCAGCAUAGCAUACUAUAGUCCCAUUUCUUGUCUGGAGUAUUCGUCAGUGGGGAGGGAGGUGGGUGUGUGUGGCAGUGUCCAGGUAAGGGUACGAAACUUCACAUGUUGCUGAUGGAUAAAUAUUGAUGGAAAAUAAAACAUAAAAAAAAAAAUCUGGAAGGGGGUGGGGGUGCAUGAUUGGGGAAGUGGAGCAAAGUGGGGGACUGGUACAAUUUUGCAUGUUGAUAAUAAUUCAUGGAAGGUUUAAGGUUUAAAAAAAAAAACUGGGGAAAAAAACAAAACUUUUUGGGGUGUGGAGGGGGUGUGACCAUGGCAGUUGGGAUGACUGGGUGUGGGUACACAACUGAAGUUAAUAAAUCUUCAUGGAAAAAAAUGAAAGAAGUUCUACCAUUUGGUUUGUUAUGUACAAAUAUGUGGAUUUUUAAACAAUUAAAAGAGUAAUAAGCCCAAUAACUCAAAAGUUACUAAGAGAUCCUGACGAAAAUGUUUGUGUAUUACCACAUAAUGGUGAUCUUAAUUCAAUUUAAAGACCCACAACAACCUAGUGAUCUACUUUUUCCUCUCGCAUGAACUUCAUGAAAAUCAUUCUGAUAGUACAGGUAUAAUACAGCUACAAGAUGACAGGUGGACAAUUUGGGCCAUACCUGAAUUAAUGUAUUUUCACAACUUCAUCUGCCAAUUCAUUCAGUCAAUCUCUUCCAAGUAUACAUAGUUUUAAAAACAUAGAUAAAUAACUAUAUUAUCAUGUAGAAACAAAACAUGGUCUAAACUCUAACUUGAUACAUGAAAUACUGUGCAUAUUACUACAUUCAUUCAAAAAAAAUGUGUAGACAUUGAGCACAUUGUCUUGGCCUAAUAUAUGUCACUGUGAAUUUGUUAACAGAUACUUAUUGAGAUAUGUAAGAAUGAUGGUGGUAAUAUUUGUACAAAAGUACACGAAAAUCAAACUAAUAGCCACCAGUAUGUGGAAUUUUCUUCUCAUCCUACCCUGAAAUCACGAAAAUAAGCCGGUCUCGAAAAUAAGCCACCAUUUCACUACAGGCAAAAAAGGCUCAUAAAUGAGCUGUGCUCAAAAAAUAAGCCGUCCACUUUUUGUAUCAGAAAUUGUAUCAAUGACCUUGUUAGGACACCAUAUAAACAUGUAAUAGCAAUAAAACACACUUGGAAUAUAAACCACUUAAAAUAACGCAACUUGUGUUGAUUUUUAAAACCCCAGACAAAUUAAAACUUUAGAAGCAAUAAAAUUCCUGUUAGUCUCAAACACUUCUUGUCAUGUCAGUUCUACUAAUUAGCAAAACCCGUUUAAAUUGAUAACACAAUGCGGUGUUUUUCAUGUAUUGUGUAAGUUAUUCAUACCCUCAUAAGUGUAUUUGUUUGUUAGGCAAGACAAAACUUUUUAAUGGAUAAUUAUCUGUUAGCAUCGAAUUAUUUUCAUUAAGAAAUUGUUACAAAACAGGUAUGUUUGUUCGGGAAAGGGUGGUGUUCGUGUCCGAUUUCAGAAUAAUUUGACACAAAUGAUAAGCAUGGAUAGACGAUGUGUCAUGCGCAAAAUCAUUUCACUAGCUCAAAGGUCAAGGUCACAGUCCUUGGUUGAACUUAGCCAAUUUUCACUAAAUAUACAGAAUACUAAGUUUCUGGUUUUCCUACAAUAUUUUUGUUGUUGUAAAUAAAUAGAGCCAAGGAUCCUUCUUUUAGUUUGUGAGCAGUACCAUGCCUGUGACCCUUGUCAUGUUGCGGGGGCAUCCGUGUCUGUGACACAUUUCUAGUUUUAAUAUAAUUUUUUUUUACACUUUUUCUGUAUAGUCAGUCCUAUCCCAAACAUGGUGUUUAUUGACAGUGUUAAUUCGGCCUUUUUUUGCUAUACUUUUGAUAUAUGAAAUACAGUAAUAGGCAUUAAAAAUGUUCAGUUUUUUCCAGACUUUUAAUAUCCUGUUUGCUAUCUGCAUUUCUCUGGAAAUAAUGAAUCUUCAUAGAUCCUUAACACUGUGCAUUUUCUGUAUUAUAUGUAUAAUGUUUUUGAAUGUUAAAUUACGCCAUGCUAUUGCAUACAUUUUGAAGCCAUUGUUAUGACGUCGUGCUCUGCAUGACGUCAUCAGCGUUAUUCAUUGUAAACAUUAUACUCCAGAUGAAGGCAUUGAAAGCCAAAAAUAGUUUGGAAUAAAUCUAAUAACAGUU